CUUCCGUGUUUACACACCGCGGAGAGGCGGCCGCUGGAAUAACACAAGUCAAACGUUCAGCAGCUGGGAAAGUGGUGGCGUAUAGGACACCGACUGAAUGGUAAAAGGGCUCCAAAAUUGACUUUUAUACCGGAAUGUUUACUCGAAGGGGUUAUGGAGACGUCAAGAAAUCUACACAGAAAGUUCUGGACCCAAAGAAGGAUGUUUUAACCCGCUUGAAGCAUCUCCGGUCACUCUUAGAUUUCACUGAAAGGCAAGAACUGAAGACGUUUUUCGAGACCAACUGCUCACAGAUUUUUUUUAUCUUCUAUGAAAAUUUUGUUACACUGGAAAGUAACUUGAAACAAAAAGGGAACAAAUCUCAGAGGGAGGAGCUGGACUCCAUCCUUUUUAUUUUUGAAAAAAUACUUCAACUGCUACCGGAGAAAAUCAACAGUCGAUGGCAGUUCCACAGUAUAGGUUCCAUACUAAAGAAACUUUUACACACUGCCAACUCUUUCAAGAUCCGCUGUGAGGGUAUGCGACUGUUCCUGCUGUGGCUACAGGCUCUGCAGACAAACUGUUCUGAAGAGCAAUUGCUUAUCUUUGCUUGCCUGGUGCCUGGUUUCCCUGCAGUUCACUCUUCCAGAGGUCCCUGCACAUUAGACACCAUCAUCUACAGCCCCUUCUCCAAUCCUCCUGAUGCCAAGAUUGUACCCGAGGAGAUUACCCCUCUGGUGCCUGCUGUUCCUGGGGAGAAAACAGUAGAUGACCAGACUUGCUACAUUCUGCAAACUGUGCUGAAGUUCAUGGUGAUCCAGGCAUCCAGUCUGGAAUGGCAAAAGAAAGACAAACAGGACUCAGGCUUCAGGUUUCUCUUUGCCCUCUUUAAGAAGUACUACCUUCCACACCUCUUUCCUUCUUUCCCCAAGCUCACAAACCUCUAUAAGCCACUGUUGGACCUCCCUGACCACAGACCCAAACCUCUGUAUGUUCCGGUAUCCCGCAACAACGAGAGCACAUUCUGCACACGCGACCAGUACCUGGCCCCCCGCGUAGCCUUUAUCACCUGGCUGGUCAGCUUCUUCCUGGAGAAGAAGUAUGUUAGCUCAGCUUCAACCAGCACUAAGAAUGGAGGGGAGGUUCUUCCCAAGAUCAUCCAGACGGUAACUGCAGGCAGUAGCAGUCAGGAGAAGAGUAGCGAAUCAGAGCCCAAUGGGCCGGCAGAACAGGAGAAAAACCACUCGAACAGCAGCACGCUGUCCGACCGCAGAGGCAGCAACUCCAGUCUGUGUAGCAUUGAGGAGGAGCACCGCUCCGUUUACGACAUGGUGCAAUGCAUUCUGCUCUCUACCCGAGACAAUGUCAACUUUGUCAACGAGGUCUUCCACCAGGCCUUCCUUUUGCCAUCCUGUGAGGCGUCGGCCACCCGUAAAGUGAUUAAAGUCUACAAGAAAUGGAUUCUGCAGGAAAGGCCCAGCUUUAUGACUGAGCCUGAUAAGGCUCAUGAUGAGGAGACAGAGGAAGUUCAGCCACCUGUUGAGAUUGACUGUACACACCACACGCAGGAGAUCCAUGGGCACAAGAGGUCAUCCAGCUGGGGGAGAACUUACUCCUUCAGCAGUGCCAUUAGCAGAGGCUCUCUGAUUGAGAAACAGAACCAUGAUGUGAAAGCUGGCAUUCAGCCUACACUUCAGGUCUUUCUGACAAACUCUUCAAACGUGUUCCUGUUGGAACCUUGUCACGAUGUGCACAAACUGCUUGAGAACCAAGUGGAGGUGUGCAGGGCCGUGCUCAGUAUCUACCGUCACAUAAUUAUGGAGCACAACAUGAACCGACAGACAUGGGAGCAGAUGCUGCAGGUACUGCUGAGAAUAACUGAAGCAGUCAUGAAGAGGUCACAGGAUGACCAACGAAAAGACACUUUUGCCCAGAGCCUGGCUAGUGUCCUAUUCAGAACCAUCAUUGUGGCAUGGGUGCGGGCCAAUCUUAGUGUGUUCAUCUCUCGUGAGCUUUGGGACGAUCUACUGGCAGUGCUGUCCUCUCUCAGCCACUGGGAGGAGCUGGUGAUCGAGUGGGCCAGCAUCAUGGACUCCCUGACCAUCGUGCUGGCCCGUUGCGUCUAUGGCCUCGAUCUCAACAACCUUCCACUUGACAAGCUCUCUGAGCAAAAAGAAAAGAAACAGCGGGGCCGAGGAGUGAUGCAGGAUUCUCAGAAAUCAUCAGUGGUAUCAAGGUCAUUCUCUCUGAGUUGGCGGAAUGCAGGAGAGCAAACUGGCACUCAGGAGCCCAUGCGCAUUCGCAGUGCCACCACCACCGGAGCCCCUGCUGUGGAGAAAGCUCGCAAUAACGUCCGACAGAAAGCAUCAGCUAAGCGAAGCCAGUCCAUCAGCAACUGUGUGCAUCUGUAUGAAGCUUUGCCGGCCACCAAGAGUGUGCCAAUGCUGCUGCACACUGUCAGCUCUUUCUUGCCUGGUAUCUCUCACAACUCUCAUUGCUCUCACAGACUCUCAGAUGUUGAAGAAUGUCAGAUAACUGAAUGUGGAGGAGAAGGAGAGAUGGGAGAAGGAGACAGUCCCCUCCCUCGUAGCAGUAGCACCUCAGAUAUUACCCAACAACUCACAGAAUGCUUUGCAGGUCAAAACAAGGAGGAUUCUCCAAGUGCAAGCUAUUCUGAUGGGAAAUCCUGGGUAGGUGACAACAGCUCAGUAAGCAAGCGGGAAACACCCACGAUUCUGGUUCGGCGGAGCAGCAGUCCGGGAGAUAUCGACUACCCAGGAGAAGCCGGGUCUGUGAAUGCAAGAACAAAGAUCCGGGAGAAAAGUGAGAGUGUGAGCAGCGAAACCUCAAACUACCUCAGCGACGCUGACGUAAAUCUCCUGACAUGGCAGGCUGUAGAGGAGGAACAAGACUCUUCCUCAGCCAAUGAUGUCAGUGUGAGCGUUAACAUGGGAAUGACCACUGAUACAGAGAGCCAGAGGAGUCUACUGCUGAGUCAGAGUGAGGCACUGGCAGGUUCUGAGUGUGUCCACUCGUUCCACUCUGCCCCUCUGUCCCCAUGUCCCCCCGUUUCUCCCACCCUGCUCCUGCCCCAGGGCUACGGUGACGGCCCUCAGCUCCUGGAGGACGCCAUACAUAUGCCUCAUGAUCUGGACAGCAGCGAGUUUCUGGCUGAUGACCACAGCAUCAUUGCCGGUGGCUGUUUGACUGGCUGGCAUGCUGACUCUGCCUUUGUACUCUGGAGGAGAAUUCUGGGAAUCCUGGGGGAUGUUAACAACAUCCGGUGCCCUCGAAUCCAUGCCAAGGUCUUCAGCUACCUGUAUGAGCUCUGGCACAAGUUGGCCAAGAUAAGAGAUAACCUGGGGAUCAAUGUGGAUAACCAGUCAGCUGUGCCCAAAACUUUGUUCAUUCCCCCGCUUCGAAUGUUAGCUUCCUGGCUCUUCAAGGCCACUAUGCUGCCUGCUGAGUUUAAGAGUGGGAAACUGCAGUCUUAUAGGCUGAUCUGUGAGAUGAUGACUAAACAUCAGGAUGUUCUACCCAACGCUGACUUUCUUGUACAUCUCUACCAUGUGAUGCACAAGGGCUUCACCAGUGAUGACCAGGAUGUGCUGAACACAAUGAUCAGGUGGUGCUCGCCACGCUUCUUCUUCCUUGGUAUGCCUGGCUUCACCAUGUUGGUCAGGGACUACAUCACUGCUGCUGCUCGUGUCCUCAACUCAGACAACACUGAGUCUCCAAGGAUUGAAGCUCAAACAGUGCUCGGCUCUCUGGUCUGCUUCCCCAACCUGUACGAGCAGAUGCCUUCACUGCAGUCUGCACCAAAGUCUCAAGAUAUUAUUGUUGGCAAGGACGACUUGAAGGACUACCUUGUAAACAUCCUGCUGAAGACGGCACGUAGUGAGCCAAAUGAAGGAGCCAGGUGUGUUGCUAUCUGCAGUCUGGGUCUCUGGGUGUGUGAGGAACUGGGGCAGCAAAAGAUACACCAUCAAGUAAAUGAUGCCAUUAAUGUACUUGGUGUCACUUUAAAGUUUGGCAAUAAGGUUGUGGCCCAUGUCGCCUGUGACAUCUUUCAGCUGCUGAUCUGUCACUGGCAGCACCUGCAGAAACUGGAGCAGUCUCUUCCUAAAAGAAUAAUUGAAAUCUUUGUAGCAACGAUAGCUUUCCUUCUGCCUAGUGCUGAGCAUUCAACAGUAGAGGCAGAUAAAAAGUUAAUGGUAUCCUUGCUGCUCUGCCUGCUUGACUGGUGCAUGACUGUCCCACUGUCCAUCUUACUGGAGCCUAUCACCAUGCCUAUGCUGGAUGAUCCUGCCUCUCACAAAACACCUCUGUUGGACUACAUAUACCGGGUGCUCCACUGUUGUGUAUCCGGCUCUAACCUGCACACUCAGCAGAGCCACUACCUCCUGAGUCUGGCAGAUUUGUCUACAGACUAUGACCCCUUCCUGACACUAGGCCAGGUCAAAAACUCUGAGCCCCCUCCUAUGCACAAUAGCACAGGGGAAUUUGGCAACCUUCUCACAGUGGCUGAGGAAAAGAAGCGAAGGAACAUGGAGUUGAUUCCUCUGACAGCUAGAAUGAUAAUGACGCACCUCGUCAACCAUUUGGGGCACCAACCCCUCAGCGGUGGACCUGCACUACUGCACAGCAUGGUUAAUGAAAAUCAUGACAACCCCUAUGUGGAGUCAUCUGAACUCUCCUCAGAGGUCUUCAAGAGCCCCAACCUUCAGCUUUUUGUCUUCAACGACAGCACACUUGUUUCUUACCUGCAGAUUCCUGCCGAUCCAAUGUCUGUCUCAAGCACAAACUCCAAAGAGAACUCAUCUGAGGUGCGAGUGAUUGUGCGGGACAUAUCUGGGAAGUACUCGUGGGAUGGCGGUGUCCUUUACAAGACUUUAGACAGAUCAAAUUUGCACUGUAGUAGCACCGUGGAUGAGCCUUCACACCUCCACAAUAACAAUUCAUCCACUUCCUCCAAGCAGACCUCAUCUCAGGCCAGUAGAUGUCCAUCAGAGCUGGAGGUUGAGGAUAGUCUGGAUGUGUUGGACCAGCUGCUGGAGGAGUUGGGCCACAGCAGUCCAGAGUGCCUGCCUCAGCCUCAGCAGAGACUCACACAACCAGCUCCAGCACCUGUGGGCAUGAACCCAGAGACAGAGGGUGCCAUCAUGGAGGCUAUUCACAGACAAGCACAGCAAGAAGAGGAGGAGCUCAACUGCAGACGAAAUGAAGACCCCAGUGUCAGAGCAGUCAGUCAGAAGGAGCCCAUACACCAGGAGCCCAAAGCACCAUUCUAUUUCUGCCGCCUUUUGCUAAAUGAGCUUGGCAUGAACUCCUGGGACCGCAGAAAAAGCUUUCAUCUGCUGAAGAAGAACUCAAAGCUCUUAAGAGAACUGAAGAAUUUGGAUUCGAGGCAGUGUCGAGAGACACACAAAAUUGCUGUGUUCUACAUUGGUGAAGGCCAGGAGGAUAAGUGCUCUAUAUUGUCCAAUACUGAGGGAAGCCAAGCGUAUGAGGACUUUGUCUCUGGGCUUGGAUGGGAGGUGGACCUGGCUACUCACUGUGGGUUUAUGGGAGGCUUGCAGAGGAAUGGCAGCACAGGAAACACUGCACCAUACUACGCUACCUCAAACGUGGAGGUCAUCUUUCAUGUGUCCACACGUAUGCCCUCUGACUCAGAUGACUCUAUAACUAAAAAGCUUCGUCAUCUGGGAAAUGAUGAAGUGCACAUUGUGUGGUCCGAGCACACAAGGGACUACCGGCGGGGCAUCAUCCCUACUGACUUUGGGGAUGUACUCAUCAUCAUCUACCCAAUGAAGAACCACAUGUUCUUUAUUCAGAUCAUGAAAAAACCACAGGUCCCUUUCUUUGGCCCACUUUUUGAUGGGGCAAUAGUUACAGGAACGCUGCUGCCGAGUCUCGUACGGUCCACAUGCAUCAAUGCCAGCAGGGCGGUGAAGUCUCGACUGACACUCUACCAGAGCUUCUAUGAGGAGCGAGCUCUCUAUCUGGAGGCCAUCAUUAUGAACCACAAGGAAAGUCUGACAUUUGAGGAUUUUGCUGCCCAAGUCUUCUCACCCUCCCCUACCUACUACCCAAUAAGUGGGACAGCGGGCAGGAGAUGGCCAGGCAUGGUUUGGGACAUGGAGUGCUCUUGGGCUAAACUGGAGUGCUCCCUCACUGGCAGCACGAGCGCUGAGCUAAGCGUUACUGUGACAACCAGCGAGUCCACUGAGCAAGCUUCACCCACAAUGCCACGUGCCACCAAGAGCCGGGUUUCAGGAAAACUCCGGCGCUCGGCCAGCGCCAUCAGCAAGUCCUCCAACUGAGCUUUGCUUUUUACAAAUAAGCACUUCGUCAACUCUCUUCAGACUGCAGAGAACUUAAAACUGUGCUCUUUGUGUGCGCAUGUGUAUGGCUGUGGGUAGUGUUGUUAUUGUCACUUUUAACUGGAAAUUUCUUUUUUGUUUAGUUUCGGUAGCACUGUGAGAUGCGACAGUGUCACAUUAGUGCAAUGCUUCUCAAUGUUUGAGCUCUCCCACAGAGUGGCAUCUGGGUAUGGGGUCCCAUUUUUGCUGGAGUAAAUGUUAAACAGACUGAUUGAAUGUUGACCAUAAUGCACAUAACAUAAACUUACAAACAAAAGUUUGUAACAUUGUCGUUCUUCAGACUGAUUUUCGUGAAACUUCUGUGUUAUGAUUAUAGACAAUACCGUAUGUGAAUCUUAUUUCCCCUGCAGUUCCUGUCUUAAACACUGAAAAGUUAAGAAAUUAUAAAGCCAUUAAGAGGAGGAUAGUGAAUGUGUGCAGUGCACUUUAUCUUUUUUGGUUCUUCACUGACCAUUCGCUCCUUUUCUUUAGAAGGAAAAAAGGGACAUUGUCAUAGGUGUUUAAAUGCAGUCUGUCAUGCUAAAGAGACCCUUGAUAUGAGCUACAUCAAAUUUUCAUAUCUCAACAAAUUUUCAUAUCUCAACAAAAUUCUUUAUACUUUUGUGAAAAUGGCCUAUUUUAUCUGAUCAGACAGCUUGUGUGGUCUUUUUAUUAUGGGAUGACUUGGAAUUAUUUUUUUUUGUUUGCUUGUUUUAUUUUUGUUUGCUUGUUUUUGCUAUCAUGUACUUUUUAAAUUAUUGGUAUAACAAUUUUAUGUCUGAUUUAUGUAAUCAUGGUGAUCUGCAACUAUUAUUGUGUCUGUACAUGUGUAUUUGUUCUAAUGACUCUGUUCAUGAUUUAUAAAUUAAAUCCUGGUUUGGUCCUGUAAUGCUACUUUAACAUUCCAAUAUUUCAUACAGGGGUGUUCAUUUUUCACAGGUGGUGUUUGUUGCUUUUCUUUCAUUCUUUCUUUCUUUCUUUCUUUCUCUUACAUAUUUUUUAGAAUUUUUACUUGCUAUUUUUUUUUUUUGGUUGGUUGGUUCAUAUUGUAUAUACAGCAUAAUCUCCACCAUCAGAAUUAUGAUCUAUAUCUGACAGCAUGCUAAAUUGCCACCGGAGCCUCAGGUGAAUCUUAACUCCAUGCACUGGUGUGUGUGUCUGUGUGUGUGUCUUUGUGUGUGUGUCUGUGUGUGUGUAGGUGGGGAGUUUGGAGACUUUUUCAAGCUAACACUGUGCCUGUGUAAAUUCUUUCAUAUAUUCACUCACUACAAGCUGCAGUCAGUCGCAUUUUCUCACCUCACUGUUCUGAAACCUUUUGUCUUUCCUGUUCUGGGAGAGGUUGUUAAGCGUGACUCUUCUCUAUAGCUGCAGAGCAAAGGGGUUUCUGGGCUCAUCCCAUACAUUUCACUGCUUUGUAAGAGCUGCUUUCUUCUGAUGGGAUCCUGAAUGGCAGUCCUCCUCCACCUGCUCUGCUUCAUUCCCCUGUGCCACUCUGAGUUCCCUUUACCAUACCAGCGGGGAAAUAGGACACAUGGCAGCAUUUACUCUCACACACACACACUUUUCUUUCUUUAUUUCCACACCACCAAAUAUCCUCCUACCCUCUGUUCCCCCUAGUGUCCUAGCCAAGUUGCCAUGGAGGCCAGGUGUUAGUCUGUAAACCCCGCCCAAGCUGCAGCAGGACACAUGCUGCACUAUUUUGCCUUAUCUAUACACCUUUCUAUUGUUUGCUUUACCCUGUUGUUCGGAGAUUUUUUCCCUCCUACAAGCACUGAUAAGGAACAUAGGAGAUCUUUAAUCUUGAUGAAGAAAACUGAGGAAUGUAUACAGACCACAACCCUAUUCCAAGUCUCACACACACUUGGCCAUUCAAAACUUCUCUGAACUAUGAGCGCUGCAUCGUGUGAUGAGCUUUAUAGCGCGCACACUCCUCUUUCCUCUAGGUUUGGUAUGGUUACUGUGUAGGCUUCACUGGUGUUUGGUUUUAAGGUGCUGAUGUGGUUUGUGCCAGGGAUCUGUCCUACUAAAACUGGCCUAAUUUAAGUGAAGUGUCACCUGUGUUUAUGCUACAUUUAGUUGUUGUUCUUGUACAUUGUGUCCUUUGUGAGGGCUCCAAAUCCUGAAGGAUAGAAAUUUAUUAAUGCCUGUAAUAUAAUCUUUGUAAAAGACAUUAAAAAAAAAUCUUGAAGAUUUCAUCAAGACUUGGUAACAUAUCAGACUGUUUUUAAUGGAAAAAUAAUCAUUCUAUCUUUACGAGGAAAGUGAAAUCAGAACAUUUCAUUAAAUCAGAAUGAGUUUUAAAAA